GGUUGUCCCUCCUCACUCAAUCCUCAUUCAAUUCAAUUCAAUUUCAAAUCCUCCUCUUAUUCAUCAUAUUUGCUAAUUUCAAGUGCAUAAGAGUACCGAGAGACCUCUACUAGAGAAAAAAGAAGGAAAAAAAAUGCCGCCUUCAACUCUCGUCGCAUUGGCUAUAGCAGCGUUGUGCGUAGUUAUGGGGUUCAGAAGCGGUGUCGCUGAGUUGGAGGGCGACUUCUAUGAAGAUUCGUGCCCAAACGCUUCGGCCAUUGUACGCAGAGUAUUGGAGCAGGCUCAGCAGAGGGAUGUCCGCAUCGGGGCCAAGCUCAUCCGCCUCCAUUUCCACGACUGCUUCGUCCAGGGAUGUGAUGGGUCGAUUCUGCUGGUUAAUGCAGAAGGGAUCGCAAGUGAGCAAGAUGCACGCCCCAAUGUAAACUCAACUGCGGGAUUUGAGGUGGUCGAUGACAUGAAGGCCGCACUCGAGAACGCCUGCCCUGGCGUGGUCUCAUGCGCGGACAUUCUAGCCAUAGCAUCGCAAGUGGCCGUCUCCUUGGCGGGUGGGCCAAGUUGGGAAGUUGAAUUGGGAAGAAGAGACAGUAGAACUGCAAACAGGGAUGAAGCCAACACUGCCAUCCCGAGUCCUGUCGACAGCCUUGCUAACAUGACUAGCAAGUUCGCCGCUGUGGGCUUAGACUCAACUGAUCUUGUUGCAUUGUCUGGGGCACACACAUUUGGAAGAGCCCGAUGCACCACCUUCAGCCACCGCCUCUACAACUUCUCUGGCACUGGCGGCCCCGACCCCACCCUCGACUCCGCCUUCCUAGAAACACUCCGGCAAAUCUGCCCCCAAUCCGGCAACGGGAACACAAUAACGAACCUCGACUCCUCAUCUCCUGACAGCUUCGACAACAAUUACUUCACCAACCUCCGGAACAACCGGGGCCUCCUCCAGACUGAUCAGGAACUCUUCUCAGGUGCUGUCGCCGACACUGUAUCAGCCGUCAAUCGGUUUGCUGGAAGCCAGAGCGAGUUCUUCGAUGCAUUCGCUAAGUCCAUGGUGAAGAUGGGAGGUAUCCGGCCACUCACGGGGAGAUCCGGUGAAAUUAGAGCCAACUGCAAACGAGUUAAUUAAGUGUGAUUAAAUGUUUAAUCAGUCAAUUGAUUAAUUAAAUUGUUCUUAAUGUUACUAUUCUUUAUUUGAUAUGAUCAAUGAGCGGCAAUAAAUUAGUAAUAAACUGUGAAAUUAGUCAUA